AUGAGCGGCAGCGGGCGGGCGAGGACCAGCUCGUUUGCUGAGCCGCCCUGCAUCCCCGGAGCGCCCGGAGCGGCUGCUGCUGCUGUGGGGAGCAGCGCAGGAAAGAGCGCGGUCUCACAGGCCUCAGCGGGAUGUGCCAACCUCAGACUGUCCCGAGACAGCGGCAAAGUGACGACCGUCGUGGCGACUCCGGGGCAGGGUCCAGACCGUCCACAGGAAGUGUCCUACUCCGACAUCAAGGUGAUUGGAAAUGGCUCGUUCGGCGUCGUGUAUCAGGCGCGGCUCAUCGACAGCCAGGAGAUGGUGGCGAUCAAGAAGGUUUUACAGGACAAACGCUUUAAGAAUCGAGAACUACAGAUUAUGAGGAAGCUGGACCACUGCAACAUCGUCAGACUACGGUACUUCUUCUACUCCAGCGGCGAGAAGAAGGACGAAGUGUACCUGAACCUGGUCCUGGAUUUUGUCCCUGAGACGGUUUACAGAGUGGCCCGACAGUUUAACAAAGUCAAGAGCAUCAUCCCCAUCAUCUAUGUGAAGGUGUACAUGUACCAGUUGUUCCGCAGUCUGGCGUAUAUCCACUCUCAGGGCGUCUGUCACCGGGACAUCAAGCCCCAAAACCUGCUGGUCGACCCGGAGACUGCUGUGCUCAAGCUCUGCGACUUCGGCAGUGCGAAGCAGCUGGUCCGCGGAGAGCCUAACGUGUCGUACAUCUGCUCACGGUACUAUCGCGCUCCGGAGCUCAUCUUCGGAGCCACAGACUACACGGCCAACAUCGACAUCUGGUCUGCAGGCUGCGUCCUGGCGGAGCUGCUGCUGGGACAGCCCAUCUUCCCCGGAGACAGCGGCGUGGACCAACUCGUGGAGAUCAUCAAGGUUUUGGGGACGCCCACCAGAGAACAGAUCCGAGAAAUGAACCCAAACUACACAGAGUUUAAGUUUCCUCAGAUCAAAGCUCAUCCAUGGACCAAGGUGUUUAAACCGCGCACUCCGCCUGAGGCCAUCGCUCUCUGCUCGCGGCUGCUGGAGUACACGCCGGCCUCGCGCCUCUCUCCUCUAGAGGCCUGUUCUCACACCUUCUUCGACGAGCUGCGUCUGCCCAACACUCGCCUGCCCAGCGGCCGCGACCUGCCCCCCCUCUUCAACUUCAGCACCGCGGAGCUAUCGAUCCAGCCUCAGCUCAACUCCACGCUCAUCCCUCCUCACGCCCGCUCUCACACAGUCGCCUCAGCUCACGACGGCAGUUGUUCCGACUCGUCCCAGCACAGCUCAGUGCAGGGCUCUCUGAACAGCAUCUGA